AUGCCUCUUUUAGCUACCUUAUAUUCGAGAGGUGUUCCGGUCAAUCCCAUUUGUGUUUUCUAUAGGGAAGCUCCUGAAUCGACUUCUCAUCUUUUUCGGGAUUGUUCGUUUGUUCGACACCUUCUUACCUGCAGUUUCCCAUCCUGGGAUGGCACUUCCUUAUCUGGGCGGCCUUUUGAAUUAUGGUUCUCGGAUUUGAUUACAGAGUUCAGACUUCUUAAGCAGUGGAGGGGUUUACGCUCUUUCUUAUGCCUCUUAUGGGCUAUUUGGUUGUCGCGGAAUCAAUUCAUCUUUAGGCAUGCGCUUUAUUCUCCUACCACCAUCUUUGCUAUAGCAGAUGAGUGGGUUUCUCGUGGCGAUCAGGCUGGUCUGUUUUCUAUUCAGUUGUUUUCUGAUCAUCAAGGUCGGGUUCACUCUAUCGUGCCUCGUUCUAUUACUUGUCUUCGAGGUAUUUCGACUGACUCUAUACAGGUUUGCCUGAUUUUGGAUGGAGCAUGGACUGUUGCGGAUUGUUCGGCGGGAGCAGGAUGGAUUUUCCGUAGAAUGGAUUCAGAUGAGAUUUUAGGAGGUGGUUCAAGGGCUUGUCGUGUUGCGUCCGCUCUCCAGGCUGAGCUUCAGGCUUGUUUAUGGGGCAUUCAGGCAUCUAUUCACAGAGGGUUUCAUAGUCUUUUUAUUUACACGGAUAGUGCAGUUAUGGUUUCACUACUUCAUCAUGAUCGUCCAGUUGAUGUUUCUUGUUUAUGGCUGCUGAGUGACGUUCGUCGGCUUCUUGAGGGUCUUUCGGUUUGUAGGAUAUCUAAAGUGCCUCGGGACUGGGUUACACCAUCCCAUUGGCUAGCCAGACGGGCUUGCGAGCGUAGGAUUCUAUUUUGGUCCUUUUGA